GUUUUAAGAUUCUGUUCCUUGGAAUUAGUCUGCACCGAUCCCACAACCUCAGAAUGUUUCGUACCAAAUGGUCCAGGAAGAAUUCUAUAACUGCCUUGUGCUCUCUGUAAACUUGCCGGCUUGCAAAAUACCGCUCCCUGUAGGUGUGUCCUAUUAAGAGAAGUAUGGGGGGUUAGGGAUUUAGCUCAGCGGUAGAGCGCUUGCCUAGCAAGCUCAAGGCCCUGGGUUCGGUCCCCAGCUCCGAAAAAAAAAAAAAAAAAAAAGAGAGAGAGAGAGAGAGAAGUAUGGGAAGUUGACUUGGGGCUGUCUCUCAAAUCUGAUUCUAGGGGGAGACAGCCACCGCACAAACUUUGCUGUGCACAGAGUAAGGUGUUAUUUAUCCUCCUUCGGCGGGAUUGAUAUUUGGAGGCUCCGGUGACAUAAGAAACUGUUAGGGUCCAGGAGUCGCCCCAUAAACCACAUAAACAUAGAUUUCAGUCAGGCAAGGAUAGUUUAUUGAACGCACACCCCAAGACUGAACAAUCAGAGAUAUAGUUCAUAUUCUCAGGACCUGAAAGCUACAACCCCGGAUGUUUUCUAGGGUCAGUUUAUAUAGGUAAAAACCCACAAUGAGCUCAUAAGCAGGUACAGGGAGGGCUGCAGGGGCCAAGUUGUUGCUAGUUCAGACAUAACAGUUCAAGCUGACUUCUAUUUUGAUUGGUCCUCAGUGAAGGCUGUGGUUGGGGAAUUUCCAAGAACCUCAGAACAUAACAAGAUAUACGGUCAACUUGAUCGCUCUUUGAGCCAAAAUGUCAGCAGUAUGAGGUGGCUGGCAAGUGUGAGUCAGAAGAGUUACAGGACUGGAGGGCCACUUCUCAGGGUGUGCACCUUGAGACGUUCCAAGGCCCCUGCAGGCUUGAUUUCAGUUACGAGGUCCACAGCUGCACCAAAAGAAAACCAGCAGGCACCUGUAUGAGGAGCCUCCAUUGGUAAGUCAUUCUUUUCCUUAUGUAACAUCUGCUCCUGGUUCCCUUAGGAUCCCAUUUGGGUACAGUGUUUUAGGAGAUACAGGAACUCCUGUCCAGGCCACUAGGGAGAGGUCACACUACAUUCUUGGUUCUUGGCUCUGUGUGCCCUAUUCUGUUUUGUUAGCCUUUUCUGUUUCUUUGUCCUGAGUCUUCUGAGGUUUGGGUUUGGGGUGACUGGAAGACAAAAUGGGUAAUAAGACUAGUAAACCUGAUACACCCUUAAACUGUGUAUUGAAACAUUUUGACAAACUUUACACCCCGGCAGUUAAGAAAGCUUAUCACUACCCCAUUACUAAGAGUCGUCUUAAGACCUUUUGCAAACAGCAAUGGCCUAUGUUUGGGGUCCAGUGGCCCUCUGAGGGCACCUUCGACCCCGAGGUGGCAUGGGCCCUAGUAAGUGCUGUCAUCAACAUACCCAGCCACCGAGGAUACAUUUUGCCAUGGGCAGAAGCAACAUCAAAUCCUCCCAUCUGGAUCCAGUUUUAUAUGCUCAAAAAUAGACAAAGAGGUCCUACAUCAGUCAUCUCAAGAAGGAGCCCUCAGGAAUCCAUACCAGGGGACCAGAAGACCUCCAAAACUUCUGAUAUACAGGACCCCCCACUGCCUCGCUCAUGUCAGUGCCCACCUCGAUCCAAACCCCCACCUCAAUCCAAAUCCCCACCCAAAUCCAAACCCCCACCCAAAUCCAAACCCCCACCUCAGCCCUCACCUCAAUCCAAACCCCCACCCAAAUCCAAACCCCCACCUCAGCCCUCACCUCAAUCCAAACCCCCACCCAAAUCCAAACCCCCACCUCAGCCCUCACCUCAAUCCAAACCCCCACCCAAAUCCAAACCCCCACCCAAAUCCAAACCCCCACCUCAGCCCUCACCUCAACCCCAACCUCUACCCCAGCAGCUGGAUCACUCCCUGUCCUUUCCCCUCCCCACAUCGGAUCGGGCGUUACUUCCUUACUCUUCGAACUCUCUUCAGAUACCACAGCAGCCCCAGUCCUCCUCUCUCAACAGGUCUCUCGCCACUGAUCUUCAUAACUGGAACGCCCAGAACCCUCCUUUCAGCACAGACAGGAACUGUAUAACCUAUGUUCCUUUAACCACCACUGAUCUCUUUAAAUGGAAGACGCAGUACCCUUCUUUCAGUACAAACCCAAGUUCCCUGGUCUCUUUAAUGGAGUUUAUCUUUUCCGUCCACUUUCCUUCUUGGGAUGAUUGUGAGACUAUCUUAACCAUCUUCUUCACAUCAGAGGAGAGGAGCCGGAUUCUGAGUGAGGCAGCACAAGCAUUUCUCAGACUGGGCGCACGGACUGGCAGAUGGAGGGCAGAUGUGGUCGACUGUGUCCUACCUACAUGGAGACCUGACCAGAACUAUAGGACAAAGGAAGAUAGGAGGGCACUCAGUAAUUAUCACCAGGCUUUGUUAGAGGGAAUAAAACAGGCAGCCCGGAAGCCCACUGACUUCCUCAGGGUGAUGUGUACUAGACAAGGUCCAAAGGAAUCACCUUUAGACUUCCUCGAACGCCUCCUGGAGACAUACCGCACAUACACGCCCAUAGAUCCAGAAGACUCCAUAAAUGUCAAGGAGAUUAACCGAACCUUCGUAGACCAUUCAGCCCCAGACAUACGUAAUGCAAUCCAAAGAGUGUAUGGAUUUGAAGACAUGACUAGGUCAGAAUUAUUGUCAAUAGCCCAGAGAGUGUUUGACAGUAGAGAGAGUGAACAAGAUCUGAUAAUAAGAACAGUGAUUGAGACUCUGGUCAAUUCACGGUAUUCCUGUGACACCUUCAGUCAUGGACAGAGACCACAAAGACUACGAAGAGACCAAUGUGCUUACUGCAAGAGACUGGGCCACUGGAAAAAUGAAUGCCCUAAUCGAAGAAGGGCCUGCUCCCGUCGAGGCCAGUUUUAGCUUUAAGAGCAUAGUGGGGCCAUAGCUCUUUAAAAUUAGGCCCCCAGGAGCCUAUGGUAGUCUUAUUCAGUUGGGGUCAAUCUGUAAAUUCAAACUAGGAAACUUCACAUUGGUGUCACAAAAGACCCUUGGGGCCCCCUGUCAAUCAAACAGUGGAAAUGCAGGGGCAACAGGGGAAGUCAAAAAUAUAAACGGACUACAAAAUGGACUGUUAAUCCAGGGAAGAGGGCAGUGACUCAUUCUUUCAUCGCUGUCCCUGAAUGCGCCUGUUCACUCUGCUGGGAAGAGACCUCCUAUCCUGUUCCCCACCUGUCCCUUAAGCUAGAAGUACCUCCUCUGUCACCAGGGUCCACCCAGGCCACUAAAGAGAAAUGAAAUGAACAACUUAUCAGAGAUGUUUCCAAGUGUUUGGGCUAAAGACAAUCCUGGAAGGGGCGACCAUGGGUUGCCAGUGAUAGUUCAGCUUCUGCUGAGGUUGUGCCCAUUGGAGUGGGACAGUACUCCAUCAGGGGAUCAAGACCCAGGAUUUACGGGGAAUGGAUAUGUGGGUGGGAACUAUUUGCCCAACUAUUCCCCACCCUUAUUCUCUGCUCAGCAUGCUGCUGCAAAGGGUUUAUACAGUCCUGGAUUGAAAGGAUGCAUUUUUCCCCCUUCCUUUGUCAAAACUAAAUGUAUCUUUGCAUUUGAAUGGACUAACCAGACCUGAACCUGCUUAUCUUAGGGUUUCAGCAAUUCCCCAAUGGUCUAUUGAUGAUGCCCUUGACCAAGACUUAAGUGAGACUUAAGUGCUUAGCCUGCACUCAGGUAAAUGCAGAAAAGGCUAUGUUGCCCCAAGGGCACUGAAGUCAAGGUCCUUUAGCUGAUGAAUUUUGGGAAUUUGACUUUACUGAAAUCAAGCAAGGGCCACAUGUAUAUAAUAAAUACUUUCUGGUCUUUAUCAACACUGUCUUGGGCUUUCCAACCUUAAUGAAAACAGCUCAGAUAGUAGCUAAGAAAUUAAUGCUGGAAAUCAUCCCCAGAUUUGGCUUCUUCAUAACUUUGGGGUCUGACAGUGCCCUGGCCUUCAUGACCAAACUGUCUCAAAUGACUUCAAAGGCCCUCAGUAUGGAGGCUACAUAGCAUGUGUCAUCCUCAGAGCCCAGGGAAGGUAGAAAGAAUGAACAGGACCUUAAAAGAAACUCUCACUAAAUAUGCUCUUGAGACUGAUGGUAACUGUGUUGACCUCUUGCUUUUUGCCCCCACUAAGGGCCUGUUGCACCCUUACUUCAAAAAAUUCACUCCACGUGAAGUAAUUUAUGGACAGCCACUCCCAGUGACCCCUUGGGUAACAACAUCAAGGGCUAAUAACAGAUUUCCUAGUCUCUGAAUCCCUGAAGGGAUUACAGUUAACUCUGGAUGAGAUCUUUCCUCAAGUCUAGGCUGCCCAACUGACCGGGCACUGCUUGCCUGACCCACCUGUUCCAACCUGAUGACACUGCCAUUUCAAGACUCACUGGAUGGAACCAAGACGAUGCCCCUCUAUCAGGAUUCUCUGGAUGCCCAGUGCUGGUAAGUUGCUGUUAGUCACAUCUUAAGAAGGUACCAGAGGAUCCUGUGGAAGAAGAGGGCCACCAAAACCAGAAAUUGAAUGGGAUCCCCUCCAAGUUAAGAUCUCUAAGGUUUAAUGUUUUCUUGCUGACCUGCUUUUACUCCUUAGACUAUGGAAGCCAUAAUGUUAGUCUUGAUCUAUUGGGUUAUGUCCUUACCCUGGAUAUAAUUAAGUCAGACGGACAACCCACUUGGACUCGCUGAUACAGGUCAGGUGACGGAUACCAUUAUAACUUGCCGUCAGCCUGAUCUGAAAGCUGAUGACGGCAAACACUUUCCCUUCCAUCCUAGAACGGGCUGUGGACAUUUACACUUGGAGAAAAACUUAGGAGGUAUCCUGGUUUGCAUCGGUCCAGCCCAGGGAAGCAAAUCCUGCCAGGGCACUAAUGCCACCCACUGUGCCUCUUGGAGCUCCAAGACUGUCACCCUGACUGCCUUAGGGCAAAACAUGAUAGAUAUUCUUGCCACAACUCCCAAGCCCUCUAAAACCAAUGCUUAGUUGUGGGUCGGGGUCACAUUGUAUUCCCCGACCUAAACUCUGGAACAUUUCUGGAUUCUUCUGAAAAUUCACAUUGGAGUGUAGGAAGCGGCUGGGGAAUUUGGCCUUGUGGAGGUGGGCUGGAUCCCAGUUCCUCAAUUACCAUGUAGCAGUAAAGGUUAAGACAAGAAGAACUUAAACCCUUAGGCCCCAGUAGAGACCUCCCGAAUCCCCAGGCUCCUCCAGCACGCCCACAUUCCAAAGACCCCACCUAUCGUCUUGCCUGUUUCUAUCCUCCCCUAAGCCACCUCCAUCCACUGCUCCCAUGGAAUUUCCUCUCCUGACUAUGCUGGCAGCAACCUUUCCUCCACCAUUCUACACCGAACCUGACACAGGACUGAUGGUUUUGCCUCGACCCCAAACCCACCUAUUAUGUAGGAAUGACUUGCAAUCUGUCACUCCCAGCAUUGCCACAAGCUUCUGCUGAUGCCUACUCCUGCUCCCAGCCCAAGCUAUCCCUAGGUGAGGUCCAAGGACAAGGACUGUUUCCUGUCAGAAACUUCAGGCUCCCUAGCUGCUCCAUAUUUGUAUCAUUGUGCAACUGUUGUUCAGCUCCUGACUAGCACAGGGUCAGCAGCUAUUCCCUCCUGCCUCUGCCGAUGCUUGGCGACCUUCUACCGAUGCUAUCACAAGUGCCUGCUGGCUUCCUGCAUUGUCCACAGGACACAUUCGUCUUUGUGCAUCCUCACUCGUGUCCUUCCUCUAGUUACAUUUCCGAUGGGGAUGAAGGCUGGCUGCAUCUAGCCAAGACACCUGACCACCCUCAACCAAAGCGGGCGGUUCUAUGAGUCCCACCUUUAGUGAAUUCAGGGAUGGUAGGGCCUACAGCACUAGGAACAUCAGCCCUGGUCCUGCAAGAUCAGGGUUCAAAACUCUGAAUGCUAAAGUUAAAUAGGAUUUAAGGUUAUUAUAAAAGACUCAGUCCCUAGAUUGGAAGGUUAGGUGGAUUCUCUGGCAGAGAUAAUUUUUACAGAAUAGAAGGUUUGUUUGACUUACUCUUCAUGAAACAAGGAGGGCUGUGAGUAGUCAUCAUCGAAACCUGUUGUUUUUUGGGGUUUUUUUUUUUUCAGAGCUGGGGACCGAACCCAGGGCCUUGCACUUGCUAGGCGAGCGCUCUACAACUGAGCUAAAUCCCCAACCUUGAAACCUGUUGUUUUUAUGCUGACCAUUCAGGCCUAGAGAAACUUGAGCUAUGGUAAGAAACAAUUUGAAAACCAAACACUUAGACAGACAGGAAGGGAACAGUUGGUGCCAGUCCCUAUGUAACUGGUCACCCUGUCUAACCGCCCUUGUUUCAGCUGCCGCAGGUCUCCUCAUACUCCUAAUGUUUCCUACGACCUUCUAGCGCUUCACAAGGCUUGUCUACGGACAAAUAAAGAAUGCUAAAAUGCUUGCCACUAGUAGCCAUUACAAUAGCCAGAAAUGUUAGCUUCCAAGAGGCUUAUGUGACAGGAACACAUAAGACAGAUGAGUCAGAAACCAGUUCAAGUCCAUUUGAAGGCCAGGAGUCGUUUCGAGGCUCUGUUUACUGUAAAACUUACGUUCCAAUGUCUGCUUCUCAGAAUUUAGCUGUACCCCAUCCCAUAACCAAAGAAUGUUCUGUACCAGAUGUUCUGAGAAGAUUUCCUUAACUGCCUUGUUCUUCCUGCUUGCAAAACCCCACCCCCUUCAGUUCCAGAACUCAAACUUUACGGGGAGAUGGCCGCCAGAUUGGCUGUUCUGUGCACAGAUUAAACCUUGCUUUGAAUUGGCCAUAAUUUGUGUUCAGUGGUCUUUAUCCUCAUCUGGUGGGACUAACUGGACGUCCCCAGGAGUACUCCUCAGCCUAGCUUGGGUGCCCCUGCUCUGCUUUGAUCCUUCCCACCAAGCAAAUGAAUUGUUUAGCAAAUGAAUUUUGCCUGGGAGCUGCCUCCCUUCCCCCUAGGAGUGGUUGGUUCAUUGAGUCUGCUAACAUUCUUCAAAAAAUUACUAUAACCAAGAAAGAGGAGGCUACCUGUCUUUGAGGAUGCCAACCAUGGCCCCCAUCAGCACAGGUCCCAUGGCAUGGUGAGCAAUAGCAGAGGGGUUUAACAAGGGAGGAAAAGACAGGGUCUGCCCUGCAGGAUCCUUUCUGGCUGGGGAGGUGUUGGUCAAGGGAGAAGUGGUACUCCUGGAGUGACACCCAUGCACCCAGGAGUAUGGUGACCAGCCUGUUAGGGCCCCAGCAGGCACCCUUUGCUCAACCCUCCAAGGAGUUGCCUAGGUUCCAGAAUUCUGCUGUGGUUGGCAGGUUCAAUCUGGUCUCCUUCACUUCCAUAUUAGAAGUGUCUUUUCCUCAUUGCGGAACUGUGCCUCCUCGGGGGACAGAUGCCUUUAGAUGCAACUGCUUCAAGGACCCCAAAGGCCAUUCCCACAAUAUAAGCAAUGACUUCUUUUUCCUUUUUAGUCAUGCUAAGUAGUUAGACAAUCCUUGAACUUGGGAUUCUCUGGUUCUGGUGUAAGAGCCAAUUAUGUUUUAACUACUCAUUGGGAAGAGCUGAGGGUUUCCAGUGUGUGUCCUAAAGAGAGGCUGAGGCUUGCCAAUGUGUUCCAUAAGAGAACCCAGUUGUAAAUUGGGGAUGCUAGCUGUUUUGGAAAUGUUCAUACCAUGUGAUUGUCAUUGGAAAUACCAGCCACAGUUAAAUGGAGCCAGCUGGGACCUAAAAGGCAGGCCCUGUGUGUCACCAAAGGUGGGUCCAGAGAGGUGACCCAAGUCUCCUGGGAAAGCCCCAAAGGAUUGUGGGUGAAUCCCAGACAUUGAGCAUUAAACUGCUUAUACCGUGGAGUUUGGUUUUGCCUUGAUUGUGCCCCAUUUUUCCCUGUUGAAAUUUUUUUUAAAGUACUUUAUUGAUUUUGCCAGAGCACACAGUUGAGAGAUUUUUAAACUUUAAGAGGAAAUUUUGGAGUUUUAUAGAAAGUUUAAAUGUAAAAAAAAAAAAAAAAACUGGAUUUUUUUUAAAUGAACAGCUUUUUAAAGUAUUUAAAUUUAUAAAGCUAUGGGACCUUGUAAGUUUAUAAAAUGUUUAUAUUAUUAAUAUGUGACCUUAAGAUAUAAAUAAAAGGCCUAAGAGUUAGUGCUAAACACUGAAUGCCAGAAACUAGGCUAUUCCUAUCUUGGGAAACAGCAAGGCAGUGACCUAAUCAGUCAGGCAAAGCCUAUCUACCAGAGAGAUGGGAGCCAUAUGUGCUUGUGCGAUGUGGGUCAUGUGUGCGUCACAAUCCAGAACAGUGGCAACAUGGCAGUUGUGGAGCAACAGUGAGUAAUACUGUGGCUGGGCUUUACCAUGACAUGAGGACUGUGUUGAAUUGCGGCAGUAGGAAGGCUUAGAGAAAGAGAAUGUCUCUCUUUACCUAAGGUCUACUGAGGGUUAAAUAUAUGUGCCAGAAGCAGCUGUGUGCGCCCUACAGACUUGAUGUGUCCGGGUGGGGGGAUACUGGGGUCGGGGGAGAUGGGGCUCUACUCUCAGAGGAAGAGGGGUGGGGGUUGGGGGACGGGUUGUGAGAGUGGGGUAUUGGGAGGGGGGACAGCUAUCUGGAUGUAAUGUGAAUUUAAAAAAAAAAAAAAGGGAAUGUGUGUUGGGUGGUGGCAGUGCACACCUUUAAUCCCAGCUCCGGGUAGAGAUGGGCAGGUCUCUGAGUGCCAGGACAGCCAGGACUACACAGAGAAACACUGUCUCAAAAAUCAAACAAACAAACAAACAAAAAAUGUAUGUCUAGCCUCUUUGCUAACUGUUAAGCUUUAGUUAGUUUGAUAAACUGAGUCAUAUAAGGCGCUGUGAAAUCCUGUAGUGUACACUGUGAGAGGACCAGGAAAGUUGCCAGUCUGCCUAUGGACUAGUCUCAUUUAUGAUUCAAAGCUUUAUUUUUAUACUAGAAAAGCUUCAUUUUAGAAUAUUUUAAAAGCUAAACCUAACAUGGAUAGAGCUAAUUACUGUAAAUUGUUCAAGGUGAUUAAGAUAUGCAGUUUAAUAAUCAGUCACCUCCUAAAAGAUGAAAUUGUUUGAUGUAUUCAGAACCGCACUUGUAUUCUUGUUAAGUGUUUGUGUUAGGUUUCCAUCGCUGUGAAGAGACACCGUGACCAAAGCAGUUCUUCCAAAGGACAUUUAAUUGGGGCUGGCUUGCAGGUUCACAGGUUCAAUCCUUUAUCAUCAAGUGGGGGAGCAUAGCAACAUCCAGGCAGGAAUGUCUCUGGAGGAGCCGAAAGUUCCACCUCUUGAUCCAAAGGCAGACAGGAGAAGACUGGCUCCCACAUGGCGAGGAGGAGGGUCUCACAGUGACAAUUCCUCCAACAAGGCCACAUCUCCCCACAGUGCCUCAGGCCAAGCCUAUUCAAACUACCACAGUACUAAUGUAAUUAAUUACAGGACAAGAGCUUUAUUUACCCUCCAGUAUGUGUCUUUAAGGUUGAGCCUAGAACAAGUAACUAAAAAGAAGGGAAGUUUGUUUAGCUCAGGUAUCCUUAAUAAUUGUGGUCCUCAAAGUCAUCAGAGAUCUGCUGAAAUGGCAUUUCAAAUGCUUAAUGGGAAAAACUGGCUGUGACAGAGACCCCAGCUCCUAGCGCUCACCCUGAGGUCUCUAAAGAAGGUAAACAGGGGGCACCAUCGACUCCACCUACAGUAGUGUGGCAAUGCUAACCACCGGCAUAACUGCCCCAAUGCCUCGCGUGCUGAACCCUGCCCAAUCUGUGGACAAGCAGGACACUGGAGAGUUGAUUGCCCCAUUUUGCCAAGACAAAGUGAGGUCAGUCUCUCAGGUUCCUCCUCCACAGGAAGAAGGCUUCUCAGAUUUGCCAGGCCUGGCCACCGAAGAUCGAUGUGCCCUCAACGAAGCCAUGGGCACCACAGGAACCUGGUGGGUUGGCUGCUAGGUAAUGGAUAAGUCUCUGUCGUUUUAAUUGCUACAUAGGCCAUUUGGAUUACACUCCCUGGUCUAAUUUAUCCUUCUCAGCUCUCUGAUGGCAUUGAUGGCCAGGCUAACUACAGGUUUGUCAGUUCGUCAGUAGCUCCUUCACACGAGGCUUCAGCCACCUCACUCCAUUUCAUAGGUAAAGACCAAGCCCUGCGAUCUCUAAGAGUUACUAGGUCUCUUGUUAAGAAAUGGCAGACAGUUUGCUGAAAGGCUUUGAGUUAAAAUACAGGCAGGUUUCAGAAGUAGCUUUUUACUGUCCCUUUAUUUAAACUUGCUUUGCAUUGACUGUUCUCUGUAAUAGCCGUUUGAGUCUCUGAUGAGUGAUUGGAUGGAGGAAAGAGAAAAGUUUCAAAGUCUUUGCAAGUUCUGGGUGUUCAGAGGUGUAGAAGGGGUCUGAGGAUGUGAAAGUUCUGAGGGUCUGAAGUCAGUUAAGGUGCAAGUUACAGCGGCAUAAGAAAAUGAUCUGAAAAGUGGGGAAGGUUUCAGACUUCUUUCCCCAUCUGUGCUCGUGUUAAUACUAAGACUUUAAGAGUUCAGAACUUUACUGUUUGUCAACGGAGUUGUGAUAAGCUAGCUGACGGAGCACGGGCUGCCUGCUAUUCAGUCACAGCUUUAAACUCCCUUCAGUUGUCUUUGAGUGUAGACUUAAAGGUGCUUCUCGUCAUCUGUGGCCAAUCUAUACGUCCAUCCCUCCACACCGAGACAAGAGUGGUUAUGCUUUCUAACCCAAAGCCAGGGCUUUCGCUAGGACUCAAAGGCUUGUGUCUACCCUGGCUGCUUACGGGACACCUGGUAGCUGGUUCUUCUAUGAUGUGGAGUUUAGUACAGAUUAAUGCUAGCGUAUCUAAGACUUUUAUCUUUUUGUAAACUAAAAAAAAAAAAAUUGUGUAAGGGGCUGGAGAGAUGGCCCAGCGGUUAAGAGCACUGGUGGCUCUUCCCGAGGAUCAGGGUUCAAUUCCCAGCACCUAUGUGACAGCUCAUAAUUGUCUGUGACUCCAGUUCCAGACCUCUCCUGGUCUCAUUGGGCAUGGGUAAGGUACACAGACACAUGCAGGGAACACCUAUAUACGUAAAAAUUAACAAACAAAAAAUCCUUGUAAGGGCAUGGAAGGAGUCAUUAAGACUUGGACUCAGCUCUCACGGGUCAAAGGGACUCCAGAUGAGUACGGAGUAAGCCUCUCAUCUGCCUAUUCCCGAGGGUAGCCUCUCUCCCCUGGUCUUGGGACUCUUCCCCUCCCCCACCCCCCCAGUUUCCAAAUGUAAGAUUUUCCUUUAAGGUCCUAAACUUUAACUUCUGUCCCAAGUCUGUCUGUCUCAGCAGAUUUCCACUUGGCUGACAGACACCAUCCAGGAAUCAACUAUGGACUACAAACUGCUCGAAACGGCCCUGAGCUCUGGACUCGAUAAAUGCGGCUAUGAACCAGUCGCCGAUGUCGCUCCCUGUGUCUUCUGCUGGGUCAUCUAACCGGAUGCUCCUGAUGUACGUCCCAUUACCUGAAUCCCCUCCCUGCCUUUGACUAACGUUCCAGCCUUCCCAAGCCCUGGCGACGUCCUUGUCUCAGCAGGAAGUAGCUACAGAAGAGAGUGCGUCGCCCCUUGUCCCCGACAGGCUGGAAUGUUAGAUCGAAAGGGCAUUCCCUGGUGUAGGGGACAAAAUGGCUACCUAUAGUGCCUAUUGGCAUACCAGGAAAGAUUCCUGUUCAACUCAGAGAGACCCAGCCCUAUCAACAGGUAGAUUCAUCAGCUGAAGUAGUUGUUCAAAGUGACAGGGCCCAGACCUGCCUUAUGCAGGGACAGGGAGGUGUUGUGUGGCUUUAAGAGGAAACUGUUGGUUGUAUACAAACCACUCAGGGAUCAUCAGAGGUAAUCUGACUGUACUCAAAGAAAUUUUCCAGAAAUGGCUGUUCCCCAUUCUCAUCGUCACUCCUCCUAGUUAGUAACUCUGACGGCUUAGUAAUCUCAGGGUCUUUGACCCUUGUAUUUCAGCCAAUUACCUCUGCCUCUUGCUCAUUAGUGACUUAAGUAGAUAAUAAUUCCUGCCUGGGUACUGUUAGGCUGAUGGCUGUUAGAUCCCAGUGUAAACAGGUACCCAUCGCAGAGCCAGGGAUUCGACUCGGGAUACAACUCGAGGAAAGGAUGUGAGAGACAAUGCUAUACUAUUUUAAGUUUCAAUUACGGUGCCUAAGAGACCCACUAAACAAAAAUACCUCUAUUGUGGGCCACGUUCCUGAAAGGCUGGAGGCUGCUGUUGGUGGGAGACAACAAGCCAUGUGGCCUGCUCCCCUAAACAACUUUGUUUGACACACCACACUGGGUGUGCUCGUUCACAGGUAGUGGGGAGGUACACGGGCGGGAAAUAAAUCAGGAUAUAUGUUUGCCCCUGAUUGGAUCUGGUGGGAAAUAUGGUGUUUUAUGGGAUUUGUCUUUUUAAGCCUGAAUGUGACUGGCCAGAGUCCAUCAUCCUGACCACUAUAUAAUUAAAGCUUGUUUCAAACUUAGCUCAGAGUCGUGGUAGUGGUCUUAUUCUUGCCCGUGGGAUUAACAUUAGCCUUUUGUGUGCUGGGGUGUAUAAGCAAGUUCCACUGUGGCCAUCCCCAAAAUUCCUAGAAACUUAACUGCCACACCCACUCCAGUAGAGUCUGUGUGACAUGAACCUCUUGUGCUUCGUUUCUAUCCAGAACAGAGGCCUGUGCCUGGAAUGGCUUGGCCUCCUGGAGGUCCCUGGCCGUCUCCCUACAAAAAGAUGAUGACUGGGGUCUAUGCUUGCAGUGGAGGUGCCUUCUGUGUUCUAGCCUUGGUGAUCUUAGCAACUUUAAGCCUGUCAACAAUAUCUGAUUUUAAGAAUGUAGCAGUGUGGGAAGAUGGUCAUGGACCUUUAGAUGUCUCAGGAACUGAAAGUUCAGAGACAUCUAAACCACCACGUCUCACACCACCAUGAUCCUGAUGAACUCAACGGCUGCGAUGAACUCAACUGCUGCACCCAUUCGUUCCCAGCAAAUAGGAGAGAAAUUAAUUGCAGUUACUAAUAACAUGACUGUUCCAGAAAAGCCCCCCCCUUUGGGAAAGUUUUGUUUAGCAUGAUUCAGAAUAGUAGUGACUCUUAGAAAGAUCAUGGAUAAGUUCCAACAAGUUGAGCAAAUUUAUCAAGAGUUAACUAGAAGGAAAAGAGAAACUAACAUUGAGCAAGAAACGAAAGAAAUUAUAGAAUGGUUACAAAAGUUUCCUUUUUAUUCUGAGGGCCCAUAGAGUUUAAACUUUAUUAAAAUAAAGGUAAAUGUUAAAUGUAUAUCUGGUACCCACAAGUCUGGUAGUAUAACUGCAGUUUUCUAAACUAUUGUUUGCGGCUGAGAACUGUUUCCUGGACUGUAUAUUCAGCUUUCCUUCUUACAAGGGACAUUUGGUGGGGUGAUGAAUAAGAGCUGGAUGACUGCCAAUUAUGAUGCACCUGUUCUAACUGCUUAAAUAUGUGCCAAGAAGUAAAGCUUUUGCAGCAGCACA